AUGUCUCUAACUAAAUUACAAAAUUUUGAUAUCAGCGCAAAGCAUAAAUAUUUGAAUUUCACUGCAUAUCAUUUUGAUAGAAAACAGUUUAAUUCUUUGGUAGAAAACUAUUUCAAAAGUGAUAAAAAUCCAUUUCGUUAUAUCAAAUAUCAAUAUGAGAGAAAUUAUAAUCCCCAACAAGAUCAAAAGGAUAUACACAUCCAAGGAAUAUUAAUUCUCAAAGAUUCGACAAGAAUUGGAAAAUAUUUAAAAGCUGGUGAAAAAAAUAGAAAAAAAGACAGUAUUUCAGGUGUCAAAGGUCUUUUACAAAUGAAUAAAACUCAUUUUGAAGGUGUUGCAAGUACUGAGGAUUCUGUUCGUUAUACCGGAAAAGAUUAUAACAAAUGCUCAUUACACCAUAAAAAACCUAUUGUUCAAAAUGAUCCAAAAAGUAAACUUAUGUACUGUCGAUGUGAUUAUUUUGAUCUAGACAAACAUUGUGAAUGGUGCAAUGAAGGAUGUAAACCUUAUAGAACCUGGGCAAGAUAUGAUUCUGAAUCUGGACCGUUUGAGUUUGGAACUUAUAAAACAAAAAAUAAUAAUCCGUUUGGAAAAAAUAAAUUUGUUGACAGAACUCCUGAUAAACAUCAA